AUGUAUACUCUGAACCGUGCAACACACGAGCCGCGCAUCCCCAGGUCCCGCCCCCGCCUCUUCAACCGUGGCCUGGACCUGGACCCGGCCGACGCCCCCGCCGCCGCCCCCACUUGGAAGCCCCCUCGGGUGGCCAGCACCAACGACCCGGACCAGGCGCUCAGCUACCUCCACCGCGCGUGCUCCCUCGCGAACCUCGCCGUCAAGCACAUCGACCUCGCCGUCGCCGUCAUCUCCUCCUUUCUCGACCCCAAGGAUGUCGCCGAAACCGCCGAAAUGGCCGACGAGGACGCAUACACCUCUGAGGAAGGACCCUAUCCAUCAGAUUAACCAGCUUGUUUUCGUCACACCUUAUCGAGAAUCAAGCCAUACAAAGGGGAUGGAAUCCCAUUGCAUUGUUGAUAGUCCAGCUCGCAUCAGUCGUUUAAUCUUUCUGUGCUCUCAAGUUCAUCCAAGUUUCAACCUCCUAUAAUUGCAGUUCAGUUCGGUCA